GUUGCGCCUUUUGCGCACGGAAUUCAAAUAAAAAGGACAAGCCGCGGACUUUCAGUUACAGAGCAUGAAGCGUUGGUGAAGCUGGAGCGUGAAGUUCGCCCAGUGGAAUAAGGUGACGCAAGACUCGGCUCAGGAUAGAAAUAUCAGCGGACACUUGGAAGCUUUUUGCAGUGUUCGCUUUACUGCAUAAAAAGCAUCAUGAAAUGUCCUCACUACGAAACCAACAGGGGCCGCAGCACGGAGAAAGCCCCUGCUGCAGACGCCAUGGUGUUCCGACCCAAGGCUUCCACCGCCCCCGUCAAACGUGUGCAUCUCCCCGCGGACGUGACCGUGUUGUUUACCGACGACGACAGCAUUAAAGCAGUCCACGACAAGGAAAAUGAUACAAGCAGGGAUCACGACAGGACGCUGGAGAAAGGGCUGGAGGACAGCGGGUACCUGUCUCUACAAAACAGCCAGCUUGAUGAGCAUCAUGGGGACGAGGAGGACGAGCACACGCAGGCGAAGCCCACGUCGGCCCUGCUGGUUUCUGUUACACAACCGGGGAAGACGACGAGUAAUUCUCCCUCCAAAUGCCGCGGAAGGAAGAACCCCAGUCACCCAGCGCCGCUGGUGACGGCUUCUACCCCCGUGGACCGUCCCAGGAGGAGAGCAGCUACGUGCUGUUUGUCAUCCACUCCCGCGGACAAACACACGGACCCCAACCUGCCAAUACUGAACUUUCAGCAGGAUGUGUGUGAAGAACUUGUGAAGAGCUAUAGGAAAAAUAAGAGAUAUGACUGGAGCGUUGUUGGAAAGGUAGCAGAAAGCCACCUUUUGGAUCGUGUGAUUGGAAGACAAAUGGGGCUGGAGUUUGUCGAUAUGUUCACCUCGUUGCUGUCCAGGAACAUGAGGAGCAUACUGGCAGACAUCCUGGCCCUGCUCGGAGACAUGGAUCUCAUUAGGUGUAAAAAAGUCAGCAGGACGUGGAGGAGGGUCAUCUGUGACGAUCCCACAGCUCUGAGAAGAUGUCAAAGACAAGAAGAAGCCCUCAGGGAGUCAACAAGCUCUCGGAGAGCGAAGCUUUGUGGUCUGACACGGGAGGUGGCUGUGUCCAGGGUGGUGCUGUCCUGCAUGCAGACUCUGGCCUCUUCAAAUACUCAGUCGGCCUCUUCAUCGUCUUCUACCUCUUCCACCCCCAGCUGUAAGCUCAACAGACGGAGCGCUUCCUCUCAGAAGGGCAACACUCCCACCUCCCAAUGCACACGUUUUAAAGAGUUUAUGCAGGCUGCCAGCGGUCUGAAGCAGCAUGAAUCCCUGCGUCACUGUAAACGUUGUGGCUCUCCAGCGACACAUUCGGCUGAGGCACAGAGGGCCACGUGCACGCGUUCCAGCUGUCUCUAUGACUUUUGCACACGUUGCCAGGAGACGUUCCACGGCUCGACCCCCUGCCGAACCGUGCAGCCACGAACCCAUUUUGUCAACUCCAGGACGACCCCCAUUACACCAGGGAGCACUCGCAGCAAGAGGAAUGUCAGGCGCCUGUGACCAAAGUUUUCAUUGCUGGCUCUUUUUUAACUUGGGGAUCUGCGUUUUCCUGCACAGACAUUUUCUUAAAUAGCUCAAACAGAGAGGAAGGUUUUAUCAUUAUCACUCUUCAUUCACACAGGUUUACUCCAUGUAGAACUCUAGCUUUACCAAAAUGAUUGAGGCUCUUGUUUAAAUAAUAUUGGGACAACCAAAAAAUAUAGAAAAUUUUAUGUUUUUUUUAUGAAAUAAUUGUAAAUACAUUGUACUUUUAAAUAGUUUUGUAUUUUUAAUAAAUGUUCAUUGUGUCUUCAUGUAAAUAGACUUGAUAAAACAUAA